CCUUCCUUCCUGGUAUGACACCUUUCACUGGCAUCUUUUACUCUCAAUGACACGUUUGGAAUUGCGCUGGUUUGUUUGGUCACAUGACUUGUUUUCUAUGUGAGGUAAGACACUUUCCAGUUGAAGCUUCCAUGAUGCACUGCAUCAUAAAUCCUGUCCGAUGGGCUACAUUGUGGUCAUCUACAACCCUUCUUCUAUUGCUUUAGUUCCCAGCUUCACAUCACAGCCCCAAUCUCUACCUCCGCCAGCCGGAAUUGUGUAUCCGCCCACUCAAGCCUCCGGUGCCCCCUGGUGGCGGGUAGCAUCGCAGCAGCCAAGCGGCUCUUCCCUCAUCAUCGACGGUGCAAGCAGGUGUUUUUUUCUCUAGGAGAUGAAAGCAGCCCUUGGAUUGCCAUUUCCACGGAGCAGCUGGCUGGAGUCCUGAAGUCCUGAGACCUGAGACCUGAAGUGGAGCCCCGGUUCCCUUCCAUCCGCGUAGGACGCCCUGAUAUCUUGACGGGCUGGUCUGCAGAGAAGACGCUAGAAAAGCCACAUGUUGACAGCAACAGGCGGGUUUUGACCGAUUGCUCGGCCCAGGGGAGCAGGACCAGGAGGCCCGAGAAGGAGCGGCAUGUUGUGAAGGCGGAGGCCGACCGGCGGAAUGAAGGCGGCGAGGAGACCGAGGCAGACACCGCUCCUCCCCCGGCUCUGCGUCGGUGCCGUCGGUCUGUUUGCAGCCGCCUGGGUGUUGCAUCCGGGUGACGACGCCGAUGGACCCGCUGGGGAUGGAGACAUCUUCUUAUCCAAGACGGAGGUCGGCACGCACAACGAUAACCAAAGCACAGAUGCUACAUCCGCCAUCAGUGAGUUUCCUGAAGACAUUUUCAGCGUGGAGCAGCGGAGACACGGGGCCGUGGUCCUCCAUGUUGUGUGUGCUAUCUACAUGUUUCACGCACUGGCCAUCGUGUGUGACGUUUACUUCGUGCCAUCGCUGGAAAAGAUCUCUGAGAACCUACACCUCAGCCAGGAUGUUGCUGGGGCAACCUUCAUGGCAGCUGGAAGCUCCGCCCCUGAGCUCUUCACCUCCCUGAUUGGAGUGUUUAUCACCAAAGGGGACGUAGGUGUGGGAACUAUUGUGGGAUCGGCGGUCUUCAACAUCCUGGUCAUCAUUGGCAUCUGUGGCAUCUUUGCAGGACAGCCGAUCUCUCUGAGCUGGUGGCCUCUGUUGCGCGAUGCCGUCUUUUACAUCUUGUCCAUCAUCGUGCUCAUCCUGGUGAUCUACGAUGAGAAAGUCCAGUGGUGGGACGCCAUUGUCCUGAUCUCCAUGUAUGGGAUAUACAUCAUCAUCAUGAAGUUCAACGGGUCUCUGUGCAGCCUGGUAGAGCGACACUGCAGCCGGACGGGUCAGCCGUGCCUGAGCAGCCUGCGCCGCGCCACGGCGGUGGGGGACGCUGCGGACGGCGAUGCCGACACGGUGCCGCUGAAGUCGGACGCUUGCGCGGUGGCCGCUCCAGAAUUGAGCGUUGUGAUGGUGGAUGAGCUGCUCAACCUGCAUCCCCACCAGCUCACGUUCUCAGAGAGACAGAGGCUGAUCCGGGAUCAGGUCAGCGCCAAAGAGGGAGGUGCGUCAUCGGAGGACGGAUCCGGCAUCGGGGGUGCGUGGGGGGGAGAGAACGGGUCGGCUGCCGAGGCAGACGCUCGGGCGUCGGACGUGGAGAGACGGCAGGGCAAGGAGACGGAACGAGACGUCGCGGGCCGAGCCAAAGAGGAAGAGGAUGAAGGUCCGGGCGGCGAAGAGCAAAAUGGAGAAUUCCAACCUUUCAUCCUGCCGGACGGCUGCUGCCUGCGCGUCAAGUGGCUGCUCUCCUGGCCCAUCAGCUUCCUGCUGCACUGCACCGUACCCGACUGUACCCUUCCACAGUGGGAGCACUGGUACCUGCUCACCUUCCUCACCGCCACCCUCUGGAUCGCCCUCUUCUCCUACCUCAUGGUGUGGAUGGUGACCAUCAUCAGCUCCACUCUGGGGAUCCCAGAGGUCAUCAUGGGGAUCACCUUCCUGGCGGCCGGCACGAGCGUACCCGACUGCAUGGCCAGUCUCAUCGUGGCCCGUCAGGGCCUGGGCGACAUGGCCGUGUCCAACUCCAUUGGCAGUAAUAUCUUUGACGUGCUGCUGGGCCUGGGCUUCCCCUGGGCGCUCCGAACGCUCAUCGUCAGCUACGGAUCCGUGGUGCCAAUCAACAGCAAGGGCCUGCUUUACUCCGUUCUCCUCCUCUUGGCCUCAGUGACGCUGACCGUCCUGUGCGUCCAUCUCAACCGCUGGAAGUUGGACCGCAGGCUGGGCCUUUGGCUCAUCGUGUUUUACGCCAUCUUCCUACUCUGUGCUAUCCUCUUUGAAAGGCUGUAGACCCCCCCCCUCUUGUCACUGGGUGGACCUCGUACCUCUGGUCUUAAAAGCUCCCUUUUGAUAUGAAUGAGUAUUUAGCAUGUUCUUGUACCUCCACACAGGUUGCUAAAGUACACUGAAUUCUACCUGCUGUGCUUCAUACGUCACGUACUUGCUGUUCCUUGCACUUCCUUUGCCACACCUGAUCAUCUUCUGUGUGUUGCACUGUCGAUAGCUGCACUGGGGGGGGGGGGCUUUUCCAUGCUCUGAAUGGGACAAACAUGUUUACAAAGUCUGUAUCAGGAAGGAAUGCUGGCAACAUUAAAAGCCUGUGUUACAUUGGUAUUCUUUCUUCUCAGCUGCUGAUUGGACCACUGGAGCUGCCAGAGGGACUGAAGAUGGGUUUUAUAGUUUCACAUUACCAUGAAUUCUUUAAGGAAUUUACACUUGCAAUACUUGUAUUUAUAGACGUCUGGUGUAGCUGUCGUUGCUGCCACCUAGCGACUACAAUGCUACAUAGCACUUGUAUUUAUAGACGUCUGGUGUAGCUGUCGUUACUGCCACCUAGCGACUACAAUACUACAUAGCACUUUUGACUGACAGAUCCUAGUCUACCACCAAACGGCCACCAUUUAUAUAUAUAUAUAUACAUAUAUGUAUAUGUGUAUAUAUAUGUGUGUUUAUGUAUGUGAUUUCCGGAGUGAAUAUCUGCAUAUGAUGUUGUGAACUUUCAGCAUUGAAAGUGACCAAUCCAACCAGACGCUGGAGCAGGGAACUCUACUGCCCCCAACAGGCGUGACGAUGAAGCGCACAGGUCAGUACUGAGGUGAGUACUCGUACAUUUGUGUACUACAAUGACUGAAAUGUAGAUGUAUUUUCCAAAGGAAAAGUGAUGUUUAUUUCAGUCUGGCUAGUCGGCUUUGUCACUGAAGUAAGAAAAAAUAAAAAUGGUACAACAAAGUACAUCAUCUUACAAAUACUCAAAAUGGAGGUCUAACAUAUUUGAAGAGGCAAAUGAACUCCAAACAUGGAACAAAAAGGUACAAAGACAGUACAUAGAAGGUCGAAGGAGCCGUGUAGGUGGUAGAAGUCGUCACCAUACUUUACAAAACCGGACUAGAAAAGUCUCCCCAUAGUGGAAUGGAAUAAUACAUCACAUAUCUUUUCAAAUAUAUAUGAAGUAGAAUGAUGUGUUGAUUGAGCUGCUGUUGACAAUGAGUGGUUUCUACGUCUCUGGUAGAAGUACAUGCCUCUGUGGUAAUACUUCAUACUGAACUAACACCAGGCUACAAUAUGCAACACAGAGGCUGUCUCAUGAGACGUUCAAAGUAAGACCAUAGGGGCUCCCUUUGCUGGAGAAAUACCAGUAAAACACCAUAGUACACUCCUAUUACCAGGCCUGUGUACAGUACACUCAUACGUGGCAGUAUACUGUCUCCGAUGAGGCCAGUAUAGUUUGAUACGUCAUAGUAUACUGUCUAUGAGUAGCAUGUGGUAGAUGCUAGUAUACUGUCUAUGAGUAGCGUGUGGUAGAUGCUAGUAUACUGUCUAUGAGUAGCGUGUGGUAGAUGCUAGUAUACUGU